AUGCGCAUCAGUGAUCUCACUGUUGGCGAUAUUGUGUGCCUGGAGCCUGGGGACACAGCUCCUGCAGACGGUAUUGUCUUGGCGAACUACGAGAUCAAAGGUGAUGAAUCCCUUGCCACGGGCGAGUCCGAUCAGGUCGAGAAGUGGAGUGGGUUCAAAUACCUAAACACUAUGAUCUUCGUUAUCCAAAUCAAGACAAAACGAGUUACCAAUGUCAAGCUCCGCUACUCUCAGGUCGACAAUGAUCUAAUUUGGGAAGUAUUAUUCGCAACAAGAUCCUAUGAGCCGGGUCGCUGGAUACCUAGGAUUCUCUUGCAGACGUGA